UAGAAAUCUAGAAUAAAUACGCAUAUAUAUAAAUACAACUACCGCUAAAAAAUAAAUGUUAAAUAAAAUUCAUAGAGACCCCUUCUCUUCAAUUCGGUCAGCAAUUUCUUUGCAAAAGCAGACCAUUACUUCUCUCAGUUCCCUAUCUAAUAAUCCUCUUAAAGACCAUAAUCCAAAGAGCAUUUUUCUUUCAGUUAUAUACAUUACUGGAUAAGUAAUGGAUGAGCACUUGGUUCUAUGCGUUGAUCAUCUUGUUACACCUGAAUCAUUGCCAUUACUGCAAGGGCAAGAGGUUGUUGAAUUUCCUGGCGAGAGUUCUAGUACUUCUCAUGCCGAUCCAUCUACUUCAGUGAUUUCUAUUAAGGAAAAUGAAGAAAAAAGAGUAGCUGAUGAAGUAGACCCUUUAAUUGAGUCAGUGGAAUGCCGCAUUUGUCAGGAGGAAGAUAGUGUUAAAAACUUGGAGAUACCUUGUGUUUGUAGUGGCAGCUUGAAGUACGCUCAUAGGAAUUGUGUUCAACGCUGGUGCAAUGAGAAAGGAGAUAUAAUAUGUGAGAUAUGUCAUCAGCCUUACCAACAUGGCUACACUGCUUCACCUCGUCUGCUACCUGACAAUUCUGCCAUUGAAAUCAGUGAGGGCUGGACGAUUGCUGGUACUCCGGUGGAUUUACAGGACCCUCGACUUUUGGCCGUCGCUGGCUCAGAACGCCAUCUUCUAGAGGCUGAUUAUGAUGAGUAUGCUGAUUCAAGUGCUAGUGGAGCUGCAUUUUGUCGAUUUGCUACUUUAAUUCUAAUGGCUCUUCUGCUCUUGAGGCACACUAUAACAAUUGGAAACGAUGAUAGUGAUAAGGACGACGAUGAUAUUUUCACCUUCUCUCUUAUAUUGCUCCGGGUUAUGGGGCUCCUUCUUCCCUGCUACAUUGUUGCUUGGGCUAUGAGUAUAUUGCAGCGUCGGAGGCAAAGACAGGAAGCUGCAGCGCUAUCGACAAAUGAAGUUGCUUUCAUGCUGCAGGCAGGGCAACAUAGAGGCCUGCAAGUUAGAAUAGCCCCAAUAUCGGCAAUGACACCUGCACCUGAAUCGACUUCAGAACCGUCUAGGACCCCUCAUCCGGAGCCUGUUUAAUAACUCGCUUUCCUGUGUCUGUUGCAAAUUCUGGACCUAUGUUAAAUUCCUGGUUUAUCCUGUAAUUUCAUUUUCAACUGUGUCAUUAAUAUAUCAAUUCUGUGUACUCCUCUGCAUUGGGGAUAUUGUUUAUUACAUGAUCAAAAUUUCGUUGAUGACA